AUGUCAUUAGAAGCCAUUAAGUUUGAUAGAUCUAAUAAGAAAAAUGUUUCUGUCAGGGUUCUUGACCAAUUAUUAUUACCAUACACUACCAAGUAUCUAUCAGUUUAUACCAUAGAUGAUGGAUACGCCGUGAUCAAAUCCAUGCAAGUUAGAGGAGCCCCCGCUAUUGCUAUCGUGGGUGCUUUAUCUGUCUUGUUAGAAACCCAAUUAAUGUUGAAUGACCACUUCGUUAAAAAUCAAUACUUCUACGAUACUUCAAAUUGGUCAAAUUUCCAAACUAGAUUCCUUGAAAGAUUGGACUUUCUUUUGAGUAGUAGACCAACUGCAGUCAAUCUAUCUAAUUCUUUAAAGAUUAUAAAUAUGUUAGUCAAGAAAUCUACUAACAUCGAUGAGCUGAAUGAUAAAAUCUAUCAAUACACUUGUCAGUUGAUUGAUGAUGAUUUAAAUAAUAAUAUUAAGAUGAGUGACAACGGUGCCAAAUUUUUACUAGACUCUUUAGCCAAAGAAGGAUUUGAAGGUGAAUUUGCUGUGUUGACUAUCUGUAAUACUGGUUCUUUAGCUACUUCAGGUUAUGGUACUGCAUUAGGUGUUAUUCGUUCUUUAUGGAAGGAUUCUGUAUCUAAAUCAGAAAGAAAGGUCAAGAAAGCUAAGACCGAAACAGUUGAACCCAAGGCUAGAAUGACUCACGUUUACCCAUUGGAGACUAGACCAUACAAUCAAGGUUCUCGUUUGACUGCAUACGAAUUAACCCAAGAGAAUAUUCCUGGAACAUUAAUCACUGAUAGCUCAAUAGCAUACAGAAUUAAAACUUGUCCUAUUCCAAUUAAGGCUGCAUUUGUUGGUGCUGACAGAAUUGUUCGUAAUGGUGAUACUGCAAACAAAAUUGGUACUUUUCAAUUAGCUAUAAUAUGUAAGCAAUUUGGUAUAAAAUUUUUUGUUGUUGCUCCUAAGAGCACAAUUGACAAUAUAACAGAAAAUGGUGACGGUAUUAUUGUUGAAGAACGUAAAGCUAAUGAAUUUAAAUUAGUCACAGGUACUUUAGUCGAUCCAAAUACUGAAAAACCAAUGUUAUCUGAGAAAAAUGAACCGAUAUCUGCUAAGGUUGGUAUAACACCACCAGAAAUUGAUGUAUGGAAUCCUGCAUUUGAUAUUACUACACACGAUUUAAUUGAAGCUAUUAUUACUGAAGAAGGUGUCUUUACCAAGGAUGUCAAUGGAGAAUUUAACCUGGAAUCAUUAUUUUAG